AUGUUUCGAAACUCCUUCCAGCAUGGGUUUGUUAGCGUGUUCACCAGUGGUGGCAGCAAACCGCUCGCCAUUUGGGAUGUACACACGAAAAACGGACACUGCCGUCGGUUAACGGACGAAGAUCUUCGCUCACUUACCUUCGAGUUGGUUGGCGUGAAUGUAGCCACGACGUACAUGGUGGCCCCGUGUAACCCGUGCCCUUCGCUCGCCAUCAAGCUACCCUUCCUGGUGAUGCACGUGAAAAAUCUGAGGAAAUUUUUUUCCUUCGAAGUGCAGGUUCUGGACGACCGACAAUCACUCCGGCGGUUUCGAUUCUCAAACUUCCAGAGUGGAACCCGGGUGGACAUCUUUAGUUCCUCGAUACCGCUGUCACUAAGCCCCAACUGGAAUGAAAUCCAGCUCAAUCUGGUCGAUUUCACGCGUCGUGCGUACGGCACAAACUACGUGGAAACAGUGCGCAUCCAGGUUCACGCAAAUGUCCGAAUCAAGCGCAUCUACUUCUGCGAUCGGCUUUAUAAGAUCGAGGAGCAACCCAGCGAGUUUCGGCUGUUUCCACCGGUUCGUCCGUGCCGGAUCGCAGAAAUGCGGGCAGCAGCUAAGCACCACAAACAUCCCGAUGAACCGAUCGAAAUGGUACGUCCACCAACUCCCGUACAAGAAGUGAUCGAUUCGAACCAGGAGGAAGCCCCGGCUGAGACGAUUUGUGCAUCAACGAAUGUUGAAAAUCCGGCGGCUACGGUUCCAACGGAAACAGUUAAUGAAGUGGUUCAAUCGGUGGUGCACUUUGAAGAAACGGAAGAUGAGAAGAUGGAACAAACAGCAGAUGAGCCAUUGGAGCAGCCAGGGCAGCAGGACUCGGAAAGGUCACAAAAUUUAAAUGACAAUUAA